AUGAAAGCAAGGUUCCUGGGAUUCAGUCUUGACUCUGGCGAUGAUUUUACAUAUGUGAUACUAGUCACUGAUCCUGAUUCUGACAAAGAACCACGUCUGAUCUUUACCCGCUCCAUCAUCUGCCCGCGGAAUGUUUGCAAGGCCGCAACUGUUGUGGUCCGAAAGGGGAAGACAAAGUUCGAAAUUUAUAAGAAGGAUGAACGCACCAUCUUGGAGGGAAUAGCUUAUCCUGAUUUUCUGCCUCGACUUUCUGAAAGGGCGCCAAAUCCACUAUUGACCAUCCAAGAUGAGCCCGAACCCUUGGACACCGUAGAGGAGGAUGAAAGAGCUAUUGAAGAAGUAUAUGGACCACCUCCUUUGAAACGACUUUGUACCGACCCCACGUCCGAUGAUGCUUUGUUACAUACUGACAAAGUUGAAAUGGAGGCCUUGCUGUUCAGAACAAACCCAGAUGGGCUGAUAGGAAGAAGGAACGAAUUGGAGCAGUCUUUCUGA